AUGAAACCUUGUUCUCUGUGGCUGUGGAUAUUCCUUUGCCAAUACAAUGUACUGGUUACCUCCUAUUACCUGCGAAGCAUGAACACUGGUCAAGAGGAAAUGCCUGGUGAGUUCGACCUCAGAAAGUUCGCAAGACCAUCGCCAUGGAUGACGUGUACGGACCUGAACGAAAGGAUUCAGCCCAACGGAGCAGUCCUGAGCGACGACGAGUUGAUAAGGCAAAGAGACCCUCACUACUGGGAACGCGACGACCCCCGCGCUGACAAGGAGCUGGGCUUCUGGAGUACCGACAUGAGGUCCUUAGAGCGGCUCUACGGAAAGGCUUUUGUGCGACCAGAGUACUUCGAGGAUGAGUACUUGCAGGGGAGCCGCUGCAAGACUGCGCAGGCGGAAGGCAUUGCUCCUCCCUCAGACGCGUUCAUGUUUGACGACCAUUAUGAGAACGAUCCGAUCGUAGACUUUCUGUUUGAGGACGGGACUCCAAGAAAACCCAGACGAAUCGGACAGUUCCUUGACUUAGAAGGACAGAUCGAGACCGAUCCCGACGGAAGUUUCACAGGCAAGCAUAUCAGCGAUGAUCUCCGAUGUUGCAACAGCAUGAACUUGUUAAGAGAACCUUGGGAUACGAAAUCUCUCAUGGAGGGGAUGGAAAUUCCCAUCGGGCUGUCGUUGCGAGCAGUUGAGGAACACAUCAACAUCCAUCCGAUCGUUAAGGCAACGAUCGAAGAUACAGGGCAUGACCCUGAUCCCAUUGUCUGCCAUAAGCCAGAAGAGCUGCUGGAGUUGCGACUGCAAGCUGCAUGCGAAGGGCUGAUCGAGAAAUUGGACGGAACCUUCGAAUGGGACAACGCGGACUCGAUCCGUCGGAAGAUAAACGCGCUGGUCGCUGAGGUUUCAAGAUGCUCUGGCGCAGACAUCAACUGGUCGGACGAUUGGGGUUGGACGCCCAUUCACUGUGCUGUUGCCAACGGGAACUAUCCAGCAGUGGCUCUCUUGUGCGAGUAUGGGGCUGAUCUUGAAAUCACUUCCCGGGAGAUUCUCGAGACUUUGCUGGUCCAUGGGGCAAACCCUUGGCACAUCGACGAUGCUAAUUUUACAGCACUUGAAGUCGCCGCCCUCUACAACAGCACCAACUGCAUCCCCUUGUUACGAAACUUCAUGGGCGAGGAGGCGAAUAACAUUGACCUCGAUCAGUACAUGCAGGAGACGUAUCCUACCCCGCUCGGCCCCGGGCCUGACAUCUCCCAACCUGAAGCAGAGGGAUGGCCGCUGAGGAGCUUUGAGUACGUAUUGAGGAAGGAGGACAAGGGGAAGUACGGUCGCUGGACAGACAAGAACGCGACGGAGGAGGCGAAGGAGGACGAGGAGAUCUUGAGGAUGAGGCAGGAGAACGGGACUUGCAUCUGGGUCGAAAACCCUCUCGAUGUUGAGCUGCCUUACCCCGAGAUCAAGAAAAUUUACCCCGAUAACAACAACAACAGGCUCCUUGUCAACUGGACUGCCUACGACGAGUACGUGGAUGGGAUUGACCAUCAUUUGAAUGACCCAACCUUGACCCCUCAAGCCCAGUACCUCCACCGUCUCACCCAUCAGGGGAAGAUCGACUGGUUCGACUUCUCUGUCUUCAAGCCCCACCCGGACAAGCACACGAAGACAGAGGUUAUGUUCAACAAGCGGAUUCUUGACCCCCGGACAGACUUCUCCUCCAUCCUCCAGCUCAACUUCGGCUUCGAGCCCGGAGAACAGCCUCCCAGGAAGCUGUGGAGGGGGUUCCCAGAAGGAAGACACUGGCCCUUCUUUAUCUUGUACCGCAAUGAUCCUGGCACGGUCCUGAACCUGUACAACUGGGACAGGAAAGAAGGGGUCAAUUGGGAGAAGAUAGACCAGGAAAGAUGGACCGAGGAGGAGGAGGUGGAGGAGGCUGGGAACUGCCCCCGACCCGCCCUCUACCUGGACUACGUGCGGCACACCAAGGAGUAUAUAGACAUGAUUAUAGACCAAGGGAAGGACAUCCCUCAAGGACGAGGGAUCAUAGUCGACGUCUUUGGGCCUGACGGGCUGAGCUGCGAGGUGGAGUGGGACCGGACGAGACCCAACGGAGAGUUUGCGGGGAAGAGGACGAGGUGCUCGGUCGGAGCUGGGGGAGUGUACAGCCUGGAGCUGGCCAGGUUCGGGGCGACAGCAGAGGAGGACUUCUGUGUGGUGAAGCUGGAGGAGCUCCGGUUCCUGGACAAGUUGGAGGAGAACUACCAGGGAGACGACGCGAUGGAGGAGCAUCGCCGGCUGAUGGUGAUCAAGGAAAGGAUGGGACAGUACAUGGAGCAGAUGGGGAAGGCGAUGGGGAAGGAUGUGGAAAUCACGCCAGACAACUGCUGGCUGUUCCAGGGCACCACCGAUGCCUACGUGACGAGUAGGAACGAUCCCUCGGGGGCGAUAGGGGAGGAGGAGGAGGAGGAGGAGGAGGAGAACCGCGAUCACUACGAGGACGAGGACGAGUUGAAGAAGCUGUUGAAGACGCAGCAAGUGAUGUCGCGCAGAAUCGCCUCCUGCUAA